UACAUAGCACUUAAAACUGCUUUAUUUAUAUUUACAACACCGAAAUUUUAUCAUUUACAUAAAUGACCUUCAAAAACAUUCGAUAUCGCGAAUCGCAGAACAGCCGAGCCUUCCACGAAUCGCAGAACAGCCGGCCGCAGCAUUUGGCCUCUUGCCCUGUUGAGCUAUAUAGCUGCUCCCAGCCCGAAGCCCAUCUUCUCCCAGACAACAGCUACGAAAAGAAAAAAGGGGUCAGAAGAGGAAGAAAAAAAAAGGAACUUUUGGGCAUGAGUUUGAGAAAAGCCAGAUUUUUCCGGUUGCGCCGAAGGCUUGUACCGGUCUGGCGAUGGAUUCGAUCGAGAAGAUACAACCGCCUCGAUCAAGAUAAAUCACCGGCUAUUGCGCCGGCAAGCAGACUACUCUGGUGGGUACGUUCUCUCAGCAGGAGAAUUCGCGUGGCUUCAAUCAGCUGCAGCGGCAGCGCUGAAGGCUCGAAAGGGUUGCUGUUGGAGGUGGAACAGAGGCCGCCACCAAAGGGCUAUCUGUCGGUGUACGUGGAAGACGAUGCAGAUGAUCGGCUGCAGCGUUACUUGGUUCCUGUUUUGUAUUUUAACCAUCCGCUUUUUGGGGAGCUGCUCAGGGAGGCUGAGGAGGAGUUUGGAUUUCAACAUCCAGGGGGAAUAACGAUCCCCUGCCCGUCAUGGCGAUUCGAGCGGAUUCAGAACAGGAUUGCCGCCGGUCAUGCGGCCGCUCGCCGGAAGCGCCAUGGCCGACGUUUGCUCUGGCUUUCGUGACGCCGGUUGAGUUUACAAGCUUUAAUUAAAGUUGUGGGAAGGAUGAUUUCUU